CGUCCUGGUCGCCUCUCGCCCUGUGUGUUUUUGCUGCGUGUGUGUUUGUGAAGCUUGAGUGGCGCGUGCCUGCAUGGUCAAGAUGAGUUGCUACAUCCAAGUUUGCGAAGAAGAGAAUGACGAGCCCAUCGAGAUCCCCACGGAGGAGGACAGCACCCUUUUGCUGUCGACUCUGGUGGCGCAAUUCCCCGGCGCUUGCGGCUUGAAGUACCCACCCGACAGCCGCGGUCUGCGUGGCAACAAGAGGAAGUCUGAUGACCACUUGGAGAGCUCCAUGUCGAAGACCAAGCGAAUGGAAAGCAAGCAGAGGUGCUCCGAUCUGAUUGUACUUGCUCCCUGGAAGACAACUGAGAAGGAACUGCGUGAAUACUUUGAACCUUUUGGGGAGGUUCUUAUGGCCCAGGUUAAGAAGGACCCCAAGACUGGCCAGAGCAAAGGUUUUGGUUUCAUUAGGUUUGGCAACUACGACACCCAGCAGCGCGUGUUGUCACAGCGCCACAUGAUUGACGGACGUCUUUGUGAUGUCAAGAUCCCCAACUCGAAGGAAGGUAUGGUGCAGCUGAACAGCAAAGUGUUCAUUGGCCGUUGCACAGAAGACAUUGGACCGGAGGAUCUCCGUGAAUACUUCAGCAAGUUUGGUGAGGUCACCGAUGUUUUCAUUCCUAAGCCUUUCAGGGCUUUUGCCUUUGUCACUUUCUUAGAUCCUGAAGUAGCUCAGAGCCUUUGUGGUGAGGAUCACAUAGUGAAGGGUACUUCAGUCCAUGUGUCUAACGCUGCACCCAAGAGUGACCCCAACCGUGGACCUUUUGGGCGUGGUGGACGCAUGGGUGACGGUCGAGGAUAUGGUCAGGGAGGCUAUGGUCAGGGGAUGAAUAACGGUGGGGUCUGGAACCAGGGAGGGAACCGAGAAAUGCCCAACUUGGCUGCUCUUGGAACCUCCCUGGGCCUUGGGGACCUGGGCAGGGAGGACAGGGUGGUGGGCAGAACGUAAACCCACUCAACAUGGGAGCCCUCACCAUGCCUAUGCUUGCUGCACUCAGUCAAGCCAGUUGGGGUCUCCUAGGUAACCUGCAGCAGCAGAGCCAAGAUGGAACCCAAGCACCGGGUGGCUACAACCAGGGGGGCAAUCCAGUCAGGGGCACUCAAAUCCUCCCCCAAGUAACCAGAGUCAGGGAGGCUGGGGAUCCGGGAGCUCUGGUGGCGGAUGGGGAGACGGUAGUCAGAGUGGUUCUUGGGGCCCUUCUCAGGGUAGGGGAGACAAGGGGUAUAACAGGGGAGAUUACAUGUAAGAAUGC